AUUCUCCCACACCACAUCAACGUUCCCUCAAAAUUCCCUCUUAUCUUCUUAACCCUGCUUAAUUUGUGUUUGGACAUCACUAAAAAAUAAAUGGCUUUUCACGAGCAUCUUCAACAAGAAAUAGCUUUCCAGCGUUUCACAGAAGAGGAAGAUGAAGAAAGAGCAUCGUGGCUCAACAACAACAACAACAACGCACGUCAACAGAAUUUCAUGCAAAUGGAACCAGAAAGAAGGGAAAAAAGCAUGGAUCGGAACCACCGGAAUGACAACAAUUGCGAAACGGAAGAAUUAAGAGAAUACAAAGCAGAGAUACUAGGACAUCCACUCUAUGAUCAAUUAUUAUCUGCUCAUGUUUCUUGUCUCAGAAUUGCAACACCGGUUGAUCAGCUUCCAAGGAUUGAUGCUCAGCUUCAACAGGCACAACGUGUUCUUCAAAAAUAUUCUUCUGUUGGAAUUGGAAAUAUGGAUCCCAAGGAGCUUGAUCACUUUAUGACACAUUAUGUUCUUUUGCUGUGUGCCUUCAAAGAACAGUUGCAACAACAUGUCCGUGUUCAUGCCAUGGAGGCAGUAAUGGCUUGUUGGGAUCUUGAGCAGUCUCUGCAAAGCUUGACAGGUGUAUCUUCGGGUGAAGGAACAGGAGCAACAAUGUCAGACGAUGAAGACGAGCAGGCAGAGAGUAACGCUAGGUUAUACAACGAAGGAAGUAGCCUUGACGGUGUUGAUACCCUUGGCUUUGGUCCUCUUGUCCCCACAGAGACUGAAAGGUCUUUGAUGGAACGAGUUAGGCUUGAGUUGAAGCAUGAGCUGAAACAAGGUUACAAGGAGAAGAUUGUAGAUGUAAGAGAAGAAAUUCUACGAAAGAGAAGAGCUGGGAAACUCCCUGGGGACACCACAUCUCUUUUGAAAGCUUGGUGGCAAUCACAUUCUAAAUGGCCCUAUCCAACUGAGGAAGAUAAGGCUAGAUUGGUGCAAGAAACAGGCUUGCAAUUAAAGCAAAUAAAUAACUGGUUUAUUAAUCAAAGGAAAAGGAACUGGCAUGCUAACUCCCCAUCCUCUAGUAGCUCCAAAACCAAGCGCAAGAGUGCAGGCGAUAGCAGUAACCAAAGCUUCAUGUGAAAAAUAUAUUCACAUAUAUAUAUAUAUUUUGAGCAAAGUAUUCUUCUUCAUCUAACCUGCACGUGCUCAUGAAUGUGAAAACAAUGGAAUACGGAUGUAGAAGGGGAAAUGUUUAUAUGAUGAAAUCGGUUGUUAAGAAAUAGUAUUCGUGAAAUUAUAUAAAGUCCUUGCAUUGUUAAAUAUGAGGUUGCUGCUUGAUAUCUGAUAUUGGAGGAUAAGGCACUGUCUAUUAGAUUUAAUUGGUAGUAUGAUGAUUGUUGAUACAUAUAUGUAUUUCCCUACUUGAAAAAAAUAGAUAGAUAAAUGAAUCUUCAAUAAAUUUAUUAUUUGUACAUAGAAUUAAAUCUAGCAGGGAGAAAUGUAGAGAUUUGAUCAUUUGAAAUGAAUGAUAAGGAGAACACAUUUCCUCCUCUCAAAACAA